CAGCAAUAUCAAUAAGAUCCAUGGAUGGUAUCAAUAAUGCUACCUGGUACCUCUAGGGCUAUUUCUUGCUCUGGAAGAAGGUUGGUGGCGGUACAUAAAACUGGGGAACAUUAAAGCCCCGCGCUUGUUCAUAUGACGAGUUGAGUUACCAGAUGACGCGCGCCUUCCUACCUAUUUUCCCUUUACACAAAGUUCCUGCGUCUAAUUAGAUAGGAAACGAGAAUCCCUUUCGCCCUUUCCCAUUCCCAUAAAACCUAUAUCCGAUUGCUCCGAUUUUUCCCCUUCUCAAGAAACUCGAGUGCACCUGCAAAUCUUUAUUUCACCGCUGAUUUUCCCAGUUAGCAAGAUACAAAACUUCAUUCGAUUUUUUUUUUACCAACUUUAUUGUUCUUGGAACAGCACAACGUUUUUGACAAGAGCUAACGUACCCGUCACAAAGACGGUUUUCAAGAGCCUAUAAAUCCAUACAUCAGUUUUUAAUCCAUCCCCAUGGAAUUCAUGUCGCAAACAGCCCAAUCAUUUCACUGUUCGCAUACUAGAGGAUUCAAGACUUGAUACUUCUGCCCUAACGCAUCUAUCGGCGAUCGAUACAACCCAAUACCACCCACUGCUUUAGCAAAAGAUUCUAGACUUUCGGCUCACCAAAAUGCACGACCUGCGAAAGAAGAUCUUUGAGAGCGGCAAGACCGUCUCUAGAAAAGCACGCUCGCGACAGCCGUCUGCGCAACAGUCACCCGCUGGCUCACGCCCUGGAUCGCGUGCUACUAGUCGACACGCAUCCGACGAAGAAGACUCCAGCGAAUAUGAAUACACCGACAGUCUAGCUAGUUCUCUCGUAAUAUCGGAAGAGGGCGACGAAGAAGAGGGAUCAGCACCGCCAUCAGCGUCAGAGGUUCUGCACAACCACAUUGUAGACUUACUAGACCAGAAGCGCGACAGCGGCCAGGACCGAGCAGAUAAGUUGACAGCCUAUACGGAGCUGAUUCGGCAUCAUCCCAGUGCUGAGGAAGUUGAUGCGCAAAUGGACGAACUUAUUCCCAUGCUGCUUAAGAGUGUACGUGGCCGUCGAACUCCCCAAGGAGUAAUGUGGUCUUUGAAGGCUUUAAUGAUGACUAUCCUCUCAUCUGGGGCGGAGAGCAUUCACAGUCGCGUGUACCCAACUCUUAAGACCCUCUGUGAGAACUCGGACUACGACGACGACGAUAACGAGCAGAUCAAAGUGGCAGCUAUCCGAGCCAUGGGAGUCUCGACACUGUGUGGCGGAGGCUCUGUGACCGCUGCGGAGGAAUUUUUGGAGUUUCUCAUCGAGAUCAUCCAGAGCGAUGGACACGUGAUCGAGGCUGGUGACAAUGGACCAGUGGUUACUGCGGCACUGAAUGCUUGGGGAUUUGUCGCGAGCGGUCUUGACGAUCUUGAAGAACAGAGCACAGAAGCGCUAGAAGCUUUUAUGGAACAGCUUGAUAGCAGCGAUGUCGACGUUCAGGUAGCUGCCGGAUCUAACAUCGCCUUGCUUCUAGAAAGUGCUCGCGAGUAUGAGGAAGAGACCGGAGAGACUUGGAAUAUGCGUUAUGAUCAGGAUGCGCUUCUUCAUCGCAUGCACGCGCUCACCAGAGAGUCUUCGAAGUCAAUUUCCAAGAAAGACAAACGACAGCUUCACAGCAAUUUCAACAGCAUUGUAACCUCUCUUGAGCAUGGAAAAGGCCCAGGAUAUUCGACUGCACGACGUUUUGCCAGCAAUCCCCACACCGGUGGCAACAAGGCAGACUUCAAUGGCGACUACCAAGAAUACGGCUACCGACAGAAGCUCCGAAUUCAGAAUAUCAGCAUCGUCAUCGACACCUGGUCUCUAUCGGCUCGCGUUGGAAUGCUCAAGUCCAUCCUUGGCGGUGGUCUUGCCAGCCAUUACUUGAACAAUCCCGUUGUGAGAGACCUGCUUAGCGGCGCAAAGACCGAGUACGUCUCAGCACCGCAGAAUCUAAAGCCCAACAAGUACGAACGCAAGAACCGCCUAAGAGGAUUCUCAGAUUGAGUAUUUUAAGACACCAGGUUACUACACCACCUCGUGCGGACCGAAGACGGCCUCAUAAACGGCGUUCUCUGGCCACCUCUGAGAUACAGGGUUAUGCUGAUACCCGUUCAUCCCUGCUGGUUAACUAGGAUUGGUUUUACACAUCAUGACCAGCAUCAUUGCACUGUUUGCCUAGGUAGUCUCGGAGUAGAUUGUGAAUUAAUAUUUUGCUCUCAUUUUGCAGUGUCUUAGUUUCCUGGUUUCUUGUUACAUGGUUCCCAACCCGGAAUACCUAAAUGGGGGAUAUUAAUAAUACCUAUCAACGUAGAGUUAGGUAACAUGUAUGCGGCUACCCGCUUCC